AUGGCUGAAAGUGCUAGUUUCACUUACAAUGGAACUGCCAACAACAAUGAUCGAGUUGGAAACUAUACACAGAUGAUCUCUGGUCCUACUACCGGGUUAGGCUGUGCUGUUAGCGACUGUCAUGGAUACUUCCUCUACAUGUGCCUCUACGUACCCAUAUUGAAUCCUGCUGACAUCGAUACUCCGUAUAAAGUAGCGAAACAACCGUGCAGUGAUUGUCCAACACACUGUAACACAACAGCAAACCUAUGCAACUGUAACGGCGUAUUAUGUCUCGGUGGGUCCAAGUUAAACGUGACCACGUGUGUGUGCGACUGUAUCACAACCAUGGGAGCUUCUAAUAUGUACAAUGGCACUGUGUGUGACUUAUCCUGCAUUGGACCCAACGGGGACGACCAUUCCUGUGGGAGGCCUCCAUACACCAAUGACUCGUGUGACACAAACAUGGAAACCAUGUUUCACUGUCCAUACAUGUGCUACGUAUGUCCUUAUGCGGGGCAGGGCAAAGUAAAUGGAGAAGACCGUCUUCCCUGGGAGAAGGGGCUACCAAACUGCACAACAACGAAUUCAACUACAUCAUCACCGAGAACAACAGAGAAUAAAGCUGGCAUUAAACAAUCUUCCAUGUACACCACAACAAGAUACACCACGGCAACAGACACUACAGUGACAGGUUCUCUCCACAACAGAGAGAGCUCGGCGUCUGUUGUCAUGCAGGACGGUGCACUGUCUAUAGUUUUCCUUGCAUGGUGUUUGUCGAGAAAUUGAUGUUACAUUCUGUGCUGUUGUUAAUGACAUUAU